AUGCUCGAUUUCUUCCGUUCUGUUGCUCAGUCUAUUCCAUCAUCGCUUCCUUCGGCAUCAACGUCGCCAGAUUUGGAAGUCCCUGACGCGAUGCAAAAUUCUGCGCGGGAUAUGCUCCAAGAUCGCGCCGGAAUUAUCGUCCUUCGCGAAGACCUUGAUUUCUAUGUCAUUCCGCCACGACCAGAGAUCGGUCAUGAGGAAAUGCUGGAGGUCAAACGCGCUGCUGGCCGCGCGUUGUUGAAGCAGGAUGGUAUCUUUUCUGGGCUGCGUAAGAGCGAAGAAGUUGGCUCGACUGAGCAGCACCUCAUUGAAAUGCUGACCGCUGGUGGAUUCGAUCGCGAAGACCAGUGGGGGCACCGAGCCCCGGAGCCCAACAAGGCAGUCAUCUGCAGUCUUGCCCUCGCCAAGCUUCGCACUGAUAUUCGAGGCGAUCUUUCGAAUAACACUGCCGUCGGCAUGGCUCAAAAACUCCUUCUUUUCUGGAGAAAACCUGCCCGUCGUUGCUGGUGGGAAGGUGUUGACUUGGACAACGUAGAAGGAGUGGAAGGCCAAGUCAAAGUAUGGAUUCGGAGGGUCUGGACUCUGGAAAUGAGCGUUAUCGGACUCCGAUGA